UUCGGAGGAGCGCGCGGGGCUGCGUACUCGGGUAGACCGAGCGGGGCCGGCUGUGCGGAGGCUGCGGGGACCCGCCGGGGUCUGAACUCACUGGGACCAUGCGUCCUUCCAGACUGUACACCUUGGUUUUAGUGAUACAGCCUUCAAGAGUUCUCCUGGGCAUGAAGAAACGAGGCUUCGGGGCUGGCCGGUGGAAUGGCUUUGGGGGUAAAGUCGAAGAAGGAGAGACCAUCGAAGACGGGGCCAAAAGGGAGCUGCAGGAGGAGAGCAGUCUGACCGUGGACACACUGGACAAGAUGGGCCACAUCGUGUUUGAGUUCGUGGAUAAACCUGAGCUGAUGGAUGUGCACAUCUUCUGCACAGACAGUGUCCACGGGACACCUGAGGAGAGCGAUGAGAUGCGCCCUCGGUGGUUCCACCUGGACCAGAUCCCCUUUAGUGACAUGUGGCCUGAUAAUUGCUACUGGUUCCCCCUCCUGCUUCAGAAGAGGAAGUUCCAGGGAUACUUCAGGCUCCAGGAUCAGGACACCAUCCUGGACUACACGCUUCGCGAGGUGGACUUCGUCUAAAGGAGGGACAAGGCAGGCUUCGGAGCCGAGAGUUGGGGUGUGUUUCUAUGUGGUAACUCAACUGGAUGAAAGGAAAAUAAAUGUCUUUUACCUAUUAAACGUCCUUCCCUGGGCCCCACCACAGCCAGUCCAGCCCUGACCUCAGGGAGCUGCCAGAUGUGCUAGGCUUUGACCCUGGCCACUGCACCAUGGGGCGGAAAUGGGAGCAGAGAAGACAUGUGCCUAAGAGAGGAGGGGUCAGCUUUCUGACUACCCCUAAGGUGAGGAGGGCCUGGCUUCCAUCUGCUCAGUGCCCAGGUUAGUGCUGGGGUCACAGGGUAAAUCAGGGGGCAUGUCCUCCUCUCUCACCCCCUCCCCACUUUGUGAUUCGCUCCCUUUUACAGUAAGGGAAACUGAGGCAGGGCCCAGGGUCACCCUGGCUGAGUCACCCCACCCCAAGAGAAUGGGCCAUUCUCAUCCUGAUUUCUGACCACCUGGAACAGGGAUGAGGGGGUGGGAGGGAGUUAACAGUGACUUAUACAAAGAACGCACAGCUGUACCCAACUUUUAUAAAUAUGUUUAAUAAUUGUUCAUGUAAGUUUAUUGAUAAAAAUCUCAGAAUAUAUAUCAUUUGUAAACA